AUGUCUGACUUCCUCAAGGCAUGCAACGAGAUCUCAAACGAGAUAAUCAAGCUCUACAAGCAGGAGAAGAAGAUAGACGUGAAUGGAAUCAAGUCCAGAGUGUGCAAGAAAUACAGGCUUGUGAGCACGCCGCGUGUGGUUGACAUAAUCUCGUUCAUUCCUCCCGAGUACGGCCAUCUCAUCGAGCAGCUCCGAGUGAAGCCUGUCAGAACUGCAUCGGGAGUUGCUGUUGUUGCAGUAAUGUGCAAGCCCCAUAGAUGCCCACACAUAGCAUUGACUGGAAACAUAUGUGUAUACUGUCCUGGUGGUCCUGACUCUGAGUUUGAGUAUUCCACCCAGUCGUAUACGGGGUAUGAGCCGACAAGCAUGAGGGCCAUAAGAAGUAGGUACGAUCCAUUUGACCAGGCAAGGGAGAGGCUGAAGCAGCUCAAAGGGCUUGGGCACAGUGUAGACAAGGUUGAGUACAUAAUAAUGGGAGGAACGUUUAUGUCUUUGCCCGAGUCGUACAGAGACAACUUUAUUCUGAAGCUACACGAUGCUCUUAGUGGGCACACUUCCUCGAGUGUCGAGGAGGCAAUAAGGGUUGGAGCAGAAGGACGGCUGAAGUGUGUUGGAAUAACAAUAGAGACAAGACCAGACUUCUGCGUCCGCCCGCACCUAAGUAAGAUGCUAGGAUACGGAUGCACAAGAAUUGAGAUAGGAGUUCAGAGUGUGUAUGAAGACGUUGCCAUGGACACCAACAGAGGACACACCGUAAGCAGUGUGUGCGAGUCUUUUGGGCUGUCCAAAGAUGCUGGAUUCAAGAUAGUUGCACACAUGAUGCCCAACCUCCCGAAUGUCCCCAUGAAGAGGGAUAUUGCACAGUUCCGGGAAUACUUCGACAACCCUGCAUUUAGAAGCGAUGGGUUGAAGAUAUAUCCUACUCUCGUGAUCAAGGGAACGGGCCUAUUUGAGCUGUGGAAGAACAACAAAUACAAGAACUACUCUCCCGACGAGCUUAUUGACAUACUUGCAAGGAUCCUUUCGUUUGUGCCGCCAUGGAUGAGGGUGUACAGGGUGCAGAGAGACAUUCCAAUGACGCUUGUGAGCUCUGGAGUGGAGCAUGGCAAUAUAAGGGAGCUUGCAUUGGCCAGGAUGAAAGACUAUAAGACAAGGUGUAGGGAUGUAAGGACCAGAGAGGUUGGGAUCAAGAACAUCCACGAGAGUAUUUUGCCUGAGGAGGUUGAGCUUGUGAGGAGAGAUUACGUGGCAAACAAGGGCUGGGAGACGUUUCUUAGCUAUGAGGAUGUGAAGCAGGAUAUCUUGAUAGGGCUUCUGAGGCUACGCAAGUGUAGUGUGGAUACAUUUCGAAGGGAGCUGAAGGACGUGGGCUGUGUACCGGAAGGAGAUGGAGCCAAGCUUCAGGAGGGUGUGUAUCAUCCUGCAGUGGUGAAUGGAAAUGCAUCGAUAAUAAGAGAGCUCCAUGUGUAUGGGAGUGCUGUUGCCAUAAGUAAGAGCGAUGGGAAAAAGUACCAGCAUCAAGGAUAUGGAACACUUCUCAUAGCCGAGGCCGAGAGGAUUGCAAGGGACGAGCACAAAUCAAAAAAGAUAGCCAUCAUUUCUGGCGUUGGAACCAGAAACUACUAUGCCAGGUUUGGAUAUGUCCUUGAAGGCCCGUACAUGGUCAAGGAUCUUGCAAGCUAA